CGUUGGUGAAUCAUACAUCACUAGUUUGUCAGUGGGACUGAAAACAUCGCAGGUUUCCUUUUAACAGCUUUCUGUUUGUUUAUCUAUUCGUUUUUGAGUUUAAAAAAAUGAAAACUCGUUUUCUUUACAGCAGAUGAGUGAAUAACAAAUCUUGAAAGAAGGGUGAGACUUUGGGGAAUUUCGAGAGAAUGGCUAGCUGUGGAGAGGUCGAUCACUCCAUGGACGCGCUGGCCUCUGGGAAAAAAGUGGGUGGGGUAAGAGACGGCAGUGGAAGCCCCUCCCCCUCUCCUCCUCCUUCACUUCCUGUGCCUGAGUGUGCUAUAUGUCUGCAGAGUUGCGUCCACCCCGUUCGCCUCCCCUGCGGCCAUGUCUUCUGCUUCCUGUGUGUGAAGGGGGCGUCCUGGCACAGCAAGCGCUGCGCACUCUGCAGACAGGAAGUGCCAGAGGACUUCCUGGACCGCCCCACGUUGCUUUCUCCAGAGGAGCUGAAGGCCACAGCAACAGGGGGGAGGAGCUUAGGUGGCCACGCCUGGUACUAUGAAGGACGCAACGGUUGGUGGCAGUAUGACGAGCGCACUAGCCGCGAGCUGGAGGAGGCCUACCGCGAGGGGAAGAAGAGCGCCGAGAUGCUCAUUGCAGGCUUCUUGUACGUGGCUGACCUGGAGAACAUGGUGCAGUACAGACGCAACGAGCACGGCCGGCGCCGGAGGAUGAAGCGGGAUGCUGUGGACGUUCCUAAAAAGGGCGUGGCUGGACUCAGGCUGGAUCCAGAACCCGCAACUGGAUCCGGAUCUAAUUCCCUUCCUGGAUCUGGGCCAGUUUCUCCGGCAUUUCCGGUCCCGCUACCAAUGGAUUCGGCAGUGAGUUCAGAUGGAGGGGUAACGGAGAGCGAUGUCCGGACAGAGAGACAGCUGAGAGAGAGACAGAGAGACAGAGUGUCUCCAGGAUUCACUGAUCCUACAGUCACCGAUUUGUCACCAGGUUCAGAAGCCGGAACAUCAGAGAGGGAGAACUCUGCAGAUGGAGCCGACAUAAGUGGAGCGAUUCGCUCUCAGGCUGCAUUUGCCCUGCCCCCAAUCCGUCCUCCCAUCAUGCUUGGAGGCGACCGCGACCUUCAUCAUAAUCCUCAACUCAUCCAGGCUUUCGCGCAGCUCCACAUCGGCCGAGCCGCACCUGAAGAGGAGGAGGAGCAGGAAGUGGACAACGAUGAAGAUAACGAAGACGAUUCAGCUGCUGCACCCGACCCGUCAGGUUACGAAUCGGAAUCGGGAACGAGCGAAGAUGAGGAAGGAGAAGACGAUGAGGAAGGCAUGAGGCACAGACUGCAGAGGAUGGACGGCGGAGUUCGGUCCCGCAGUCCUGACGGCCAGUGCACAGUGACGGAGGUGUAGCUGGGGACCUGUGAGAUGUGAACAUAGCUACAUGUGGACGGUUUAAAACUUGAGACGCAGGACAUGCACUUCUGUCUUAAAUGUCCUUUUCUUUACAAACCUUUGGCUGUAUCCCAAACUCUAACAUGUGGAAAGAACAUCUAGUUGUGUAUGUAGGUGAUGCUGUGUCACAAAAAAACAGAAAGAAACUUUGUCAUUAAAAAUGUAAGCUAGCUAAUCAGUUAAUUAGAAACCAGCCGCUUGCCUAUAGAGUAAACACAUACACGCAGAACGCUAAGACUACAAGCUCCAGCUAGAACUGGACUCUGUUAUUCUAACCUGCUGGCUGCAGUUUCUCAGUGUUAAAACUGCUUCUGGUGCAUCAUGGGUAAAAUACUUGCGUUUGCUGAGCCACCGAGAACAACACACACAAGAAAUCACAUAACCACUAUUCUGGCAUUUCUAAAAAUAACAACAAAUAAAUAAAUAAACAGCCAGUGCUUCUGUGAGAACACUAACAGCAUCUAGAGUUUGGGACAGAGCUUCUGUGUUAAUCUGAUUUUUACUGACCUGCAUCAUAUCUGUGUAUGAGGUUAUAUCAGUGUGAUACAUGAACAUGUGUAGAUACGACGCAGAGACCGAAUCAAUGAGUGAGGAUCUCCAUGAGCUGAGACACGAGGAAUCUGCUAAAGAUCUGAACAAGCAAAAAACAGUGUGUAAUGACUUAAUGUUCAUUCAUCCAGAGGAGGGAGAGGGAAAGAGCUGUCUGUGUGUCUGUCUGUGUCUUGCAUUGUCUCAAUGUCCUGUCUGUCUUCCUUUCUUUCUUUACUAAGUGAAUGAGCAAUGCAGUAAUGCAGACUUAACCUUCCUUCCUUCCUUCCUUCUCUCUCUCUCUCUCUCUCUCUCUCUCUCUCUCUGUCUUACUCUCUUUUCUCAGUGUUGGUCUCUCGCUCUCUCCCUCUUUUGCUCUCUCAUACACACUCAUUGUCUCUCUCUAAUAGCACUGAACUCAGUGUUUCUUCACACUUUAGUGGAAUCACAACUCUAGAUAGUGACGUGUGUGAGUGUGUGUGAGUGUGUGUGAGUGCGUGUGUGUGCGCUUGUGUGUGAGUGCACUUGCUCUAUGUCUCAUAUCUCGCUUGAGUUUUUUUACGUGUAUUGCUGUGAUGCGUUGUGAAGGAAGUGACCGUGCCCCAGGCUGAGAUGCUAUGAACUCUGGGAAGUGAGGUUUUAUUUGAGGAUUUUAUUCUAGUUGUAGUUCUUCUUUAGCGUCCGGCUCUGAGAUUUUAAUCACCGUUUUUUUUGUUUUUUUUUUCUCCCCUCCAGUCUCGAUUCUCCUGUCCAGUUAUUUAGGGUUUUUAUUUUGUUAUCAAACAGAAAGAAAUGAUAAUAGCUCUGAUAACUUCUUUUGCUGUACCUUGUUUUAAUGGUGGUGUGUUUUCUCUUUUGUUACCAAGUUGAUUAAUUAAUAAAGUGUUGUCUAUUAUUUGUCUGAAA